CCUAAAUUUUCGUUGGCCUAAAUUUUAAAAGCUGAAGGAAAUUGAGUAUUAAUGAAUCACCACAUGACUUUGCCUUUAUCUUUAUAUAUAUAAGCACAAUGGUUGUGGCAAAUCAAUACAUAUCCUCACCCCCAAAGUUUUUUGAUAUCUACCAUUAAUGGAAGAGAUAGGUGAAACACAUGAGAGUGCUGAUGGUGGAGUUCUGUCUCCGUUUCACGAGCAUCCUUUAUACCCAACAAAAGAUUCGUCGACUCCGUGCGUUGGGUGUGAUGGUGACGAGACAGCUGGAAAAUGCAGUUGCCAUAUUUGCGAGAUCUACGUGCAUAAGGAUUGCCUUGAGAUCAUCAACCCUUCCAAUCCCACAUAUCAUCUAUCCUUAACUGAUAGAUAUGGUAAAUUGUUUCGAUGUUCCAUAUGUACAUCUAUAUCAUACAGAUAUAUCUAUCUUUGUUCCUUUUCUGGUCUCCCUGUUUGUGAAAAGUGUGCGAGGAAGCCGUUUACUAUUGAUCCGGGUAGGGCUCAUGAGCAUCCACUCCUCGUCUUUCUCAAAGGGUCUUUCUCUUUUCCUUGUGAUGCGUGUGGAGUGAAUGAUGCUAAAUCAUGUCUCUGUCUAUGUAUCCCAUGUCGUUUCACCAUUCACAGGAAAUGCGUCUACUUACCGCGGGUCAUAUGUAUUAACCGUCACGAUCACCGCAUCUCUCAUGUUCCUCGGCUAGGCUCCGGAAAUUGGAGUUGUGGGGUUUGUCGUAAAGAGGUCAACGGGAUGCAUGGGGCUUUUUCAUGCUUGACCUGCACUUUCGCGGUUCAUUCAAGAUGUGCAAUAAGGAGUAAUGUGUGGGAUGGGAUAGAAUUGGAAGGAGUGCCUGAAGAAGACCCGGCAAAGAAUUUGCCUUUCAAGGUGGUAGGAGAGGGGCUGAUCAAACAUUUUACUCACGAACACAAUCUAAGACUCAUCAAUGAGGAUGAUAUCCUUUAUGAUAAAAGCAAGCAAUGUCAUGGGUGCGUCCUUCCAAUCUUUUUUAAUGCAUGCUACAUCUGCACACAUUGUGAUUUCAUAUUACAUGAAACAUGUGCUAACCUCUCCAAGAAGAAAAGACAUCCGUCAGUAAGUCGGCAAUUGACUCUAUAUGCUAAGCACUACUACGGAAUGGAUUCAUUUUCUUGGGACGGCCCUUUCAGUUGUUUCGUAUGUAGUCAACGUUGCAGUGGUUUCGCAUACGUGGAAGACAAUGGUGGCCGUCCUGGCUUCACUAUUGACGUACGAUGUGUUUCCAUUUACGCUGGAUUUGUCCAUAAUAGUCAACCACAUUCAAUGCUCGUAAUUUCUGAUGAUUGGAGCGUAUCUGACAGAAAUAAAUGCUCAAGAUGCGGAAAAGGAGGUAAUGAUGUAUGGUGUUUGACUGGGCGGGAAGAUUUAUUUAUGUGCUACAAGUGUGCUACUAUCCCUGAACUAGCAAUGCACAAAUACGAUGUGCAUCUUCUGUCCUUACGAUUCAGCGAGAAUGCCAUAGGUGAUUAUUGGUGUGACAUAUGCGAGAAGAUUGUAGAUCCACAUAAAUGGUUCUAUACGUGUGACAUGUGUUCUACCACCCUUCAUAUUGAUUGCGUACUUGGAGCCGAGCCAUAUUUGAGGGUUGGAUCCACCUUCAAAUUGGGACGAUUUGUAUUGGAAGUGCUCUCCAACGACUAUGCUUCUAGGCCACGUUGUGAUACUUGUUCGUCUCGUAUCGAAGAUAUUGUCGUCUACAAGAGUGAAGAUGUUUAUUUUUGUUCUUUAACGUGUAUCGAAAAGAAUCCAAGACGAGCCAGAUGAAUCUGAUGAGUCGGAAUCUGAUGAAUCUUACAAGUCCGAAGCUGAUGGAUCUGAUGAGUCUGAGGCUGAUGCGUCUGAUGAGGAUGAUGAGUCUGAGGCUGAUACGUCUGAUGAGUCUGAGGCUGAUGAGUCUGAUGAAUGUGAGUCUCAUGAUUCUGAUAGGUUUUUGUCUAACUAAUUUCUCGAUGUUUCUUAAAAAUUAAUUUCACUGAGUUUGUGCUUUCUGAAUAUUUGUAAUAUCAUUAAAGAAUUUUAAUUUAUCCCAUCCAUUUAGUAUCCC